UCCAGCUCUCCCAUCCCCUAUAUGAUAAACAAGGAAAGAUAAGAUAAAAUAUAUGCUUCAUAAAAAGUGCCGAAAGAGGGGGAUCGAAAAAUCGCCCCCCCUUUCGAAAUGCAAAAUUUUAUUGAUUGUUUGUGUUUCUGUAUAUCUGAGUUUGCUGUUUGUCGUUUGUUUUUUGCCCUCUAGAUACACCUGCCUCCCUCUUUCCUUUCUCCCCUUCUUUUCUUCCUUCAAAUCAAAACAAUCAAUUCCUUUCCCUUUCCCUUUCCCCUUCCAACACCCCAUCUCUAUACUCCCAUAUACGAGUAAAGUAAGUAAAAGUUUCCCUGCGUUUCUGAUGCGAUUGAUCCCUUUCGAAAAUAUUGUUGUGUGUGCGUGUGCGUCGAGUCAAGUCAACUUGCACUCUACAGUCUACAAAAAGGAGAAAGAGAAAGAAGAAAAGAGUGGAAAGGGGGAAGAAAGGGGGGAAAAGAAAGAGAGAGGAGCCGGUAAUGGUUGGUUUGUUGGUCGUGCCUUUCCGAUAUCUCGAUGUCGGCUCGCUGAUUACUAAUAAUACCAGCCCUUUCCUUGUUUUUUUUGUCAUCCUGAAUGUAGUAGAACCUCUACUUCGUCGACUAAGCAAAUCAGCCAGUCAGUCGUUAUAACCCACAAUCAAUUUAUGCGGACUUCGGUGUGUUCAUAUUAUUAUUCUUUUUUUGGUAUCCUCCUUGGGUUUGCUGUGUCUCCAAGGCAGAAGCGUAGUUGUCAAAAUUUCGGUGGGCAAUU